AUUUAUUGUUUAUCAACUUUAACAAAUGACAUCUCACAUAGUUCUAAUAACAUAUUUGGUGAAGUUUUAUUAAACUAACUACAAAUAUCUAUUCCAAACCGUUUAUGAUUUAAUUAACUACUCAAAUGUCGCAGAAAUCACAACUCAAAAUCUGUCACAGUUCAAGGUUAUGUUACUGAAGAUCUGUCAAGCCCUUCAGCUGAUUUGUUUAUUUAUCAGCAGUGGAUAGUUGAUGCGAAUAGUGAAUAAUUUAUAAACAUCUUUUACUGGCAAUUCAAGAUGAACGUAAUAGAGGCAGUGAAGGCAUAUAUCAAUAAAAUGACUGAAGAGAGUGAACCUGGGAUGAAGUUGCUCUUGAUGGACAAAGAUACCACCAGCAUAAUCAGUAUGGUCUUUGGCCAAUCUGAUAUACAACAGAAAGAAGUGUUUCUACUGGAACGCCUGGACGCGAGGAACCAAAGCAGCAAUAUGGGUUUAAGGUAUUUAAAGUGUCUAGUCUUCAUCCGGCCAACAACGCAAAAUAUUGAAUUAUUAUGCCAGGAACUAAGGAAUCCCAAGUAUGGUGCCUACUAUAUCUAUUUUAGCAACACAUUGGCUAAAGCUGAUGUGAAAAUCUUAGCUGAGAAUGAUGAACAAGAAGUGGUCAAGGAGGUACAAGAAUUCUAUAUUGAUUACUUAGCUGUGAAUCCACAUUUAUUCUCACUGGGAAUUCCAAGUUCAUAUGCCAAUUGGCAGUCUGUGGCUUUACCUAGAUGUGUACAAGGAUUAAUAUCCAUCUUGUUAUCCUUAAAAAUAUGUCCAGUUAUUAGAUAUCAGGAAAACUCCCGACCGGCUCGCGAUUUAGCACAUAGAGUCAAAGAAACAAUUGAUAAAGAAACCACACUCUUUUCAUUUGGACAAAACUCCUCAACAAUGCUUCUAAUUUUGGAUAGAAGAGAUGAUCCAAUUACUCCACUGCUAAAUCAGUGGACAUACCAAGCAAUGGUUCAUGAAUUAUUGACUAUCCAUAACAAUAGAGUCAACUUGUCUCAUGUGCCAGGAAUUUCCAAAGACUUAGCAGAGGUAGUUCUCUCGGCAGAGCAGGACGCGUUUUAUGCCAAAAACGUAUUUUUAAACUACGGUGAAAUCGGUCAGAAUAUCAAAGAUCUCAUGGAUCAGUUCCAGAAUAAAGUGAAAACGCAUCAGAAAAUUGAAAGCAUAGCUGACAUGAAGAAUUUCGUUGAAGCUUAUCCACAGUUCAAGAAACUCUCCGGAAAUGUCUCCAAACACGUCACAGUUGUAGGUGAAUUAUCGUCAUGUGUGAAAAACUAUUCACUUUUGGAAGUUUCCGAAAUCGAACAAGAAAUUGUUUCACAAUAUGACCACUCCGCACAUCUCCAAAGUAUAAAAAAAUUAAUCAACCAUCCAUCGUCGGUUGUUCGCGAAUCGGACAUUGCGAAGUUAGUUACAUUGUACGCUCUACGUUAUAGACACCAGAGUAAUAAUGAAGUUCGCAGUCUACAAACAAUGCUGAAGCGAAAAGGAAUCGCUGAUAUUUACAUCAAAAACAUCAACAAUGUGGUAGAAUUUAGUCAGUCACAUCUCAAGCCAUCUGAACAAAUGAAUGUCGAGAAUGCAGUUAAAAUUACCAAGCGAUUCUUCAAGGGAUUGAAUGGUGUGGAGAAUAUUUACACACAACAUAAACCAGUGCUGCAUGAGAUAUUGGAUAAUAUCGUAAAGGGCCGACUGAAAGAUUCACAAUUUCCAUUUGCGACGCAGUAUUAUCAGACGAACGGCAAGCCGCAGAAGUUGAUCGUUUUUAUUAUCGGUGGUGUCACGUAUGAAGAGAGCUUGACUGUGCAUUCGUUUAAUAAGAACUUCCCGGGUACGCAGAUUAUUUUAGGUGGAACUACGGUUCACAAUUCGAGGAGUUUUCUGGAGGAAGUUGACCUGGCUGUUCAACAAAAAGCGCAUUAUCAGUAAAUAUUGUUGCUCCAUAACCGAUAUCACACAUUCCAUGGGAUUCUCUGUGCAUUUUAAUGCGAAUUCUAUUUUCGCGAAUAUUUACGAUAAAAUAAUGUUAUGUAACAUGACUUUUAUUCCUUCAUACAUGUAGUCAUAUGAAUUAAACGCUUAUUUAUUAUAAA